AUGAUCGACAAAAAGCAGUGCCCGGCUCACACCCGCCAGCCGUGGGGGCGCAGCACCCACCGCUACAGCCAACGCCUCCGCUACUUUCUCAUGGCCCUGCUCACCUUCCUGUUCUUCUCCAUAAUCCUGGCGCUCGUCAUCAACAUUGCCCUCCACUUCGCCUGGGGGCCUUCCUCGAACCACGACGACGACGACGACGACCCCAUUCCAAAGUUUUCCAAUCUGGAACAGCAGUCAGGCUCUGCCCUCAAGGACGACUCCCUAUUUCAGACAUGCAGGGGGCAGUUCGGUAGCUGCAAGAAUGUAGAUAAACCGGAAGAUACGUAA